AUGUUGCCUCCCCUGCCGCCAGUCGCCGCACCCGUCGACACACGAACCGACCCGCUCGACGACGACGAGGACGCGCCGCUCGCCACAGACAAAGCCCCGCUCGCGCCGGACGUAGCACUCCACAGCGACACGUCACCGCUCGGAGAGCUCGUCCCUGCCGAAGCACCGCUGAUCACGCUGAUGGAUCCGCCUGUCAGCGCGCCUUGGCCGCCGAACAGCUCGACCGAGCCGCCGCUGGAGCCUGUCGUACUGGCCGAGCUCAGGCCGGCCGUGAGCGACACCUUGCCGCCGUUACCGACCGAGCCGUCGCCCACGCUCACCACCACAGACCCGCCGCUGCCGCCC